GGAGGGCUGGGAGCUGUGCAGCAGCUGGAGGGGUGGAAGGGACGAGAUGGCAGAGCCCAGCUAGCACAGACAGGAGGCUGGAGGCUUUGGCAGAGAUUUCAGUGCAGCCAGAAGUGGUUUGUAGUCUGGGUGCGUGUCCAAGGAGAGGAGGGGAAAGAGAGAACACAGGGGAAUAGCUAAAAAGGGAAAUGUAAAACAAAGAACUGAAGUAUAACAUGUGGAAAAGAAAUAGAUGAAGACAAUAAGGAGGAAGCUAAAUAAGGAAAGCAGGAGAGAAUGACCUCACAGAAGGGAGAAUGAAGAAGGUAGAUUAUUGCCUUUAUUAGUCUGUAUUGGGGGAGGAGUGGAAGAAGAAAGGAGAGAUGUAAUUAGAACAAAAACAAAAACAAAACCAGAAGUUUUUUCAGUAGCGUUUCUGUUUCUUAAUGUUUUGGCAGCACUGUGUGUAAGUGUGAUUUGUGUAAUGUCAUGGCAUUCUCAGACUCAGCAUGUUUUGGGGGAGAAAAUGGUUUUUAGUUGGGACGCUUCUCCCUGCUUUAUGAAGCACUGACCAUUGAGAAAGGAGAUGGAUAAAUGCCUUUGUGUGCACCUACCUGUCUGUCAGAAUCAUUUUCUUCUACAGUUAUUUUGCUUUUCUUUUUGUCUGAUUUUCUUGGAGUACUUAAAAGUUCUCCUAGUAAUUAAUUGCAGAGAGUAAGAAGUACAUAGGAUGUGUGCAGCUUUCUCACAGCUUUUGCAGCAGAGCGGGAAGAGGAAAGCGUGCCAGUUCUGUAAGUGGAGAGGAGAUGAGGCAGUGCUCUAGAUGGAGGACAGGUAUCCCUGCAGGGCCCACAUGAAGGCAGUGUUUUGGAAGAACUUCACCUGCUGCCUCAGGAGGUGUAGGGGGUAUUCUGAAAGCUACAGUCUCUCACAUACCUGCAGGGCACAAAAAUUGCCAUCAGAUGUGUACAUGCAUGUCACACUUGUGGGAAAACUUAAGACCAUGUAAUUCCUACUAAUUUAAAAGAAAUCAAUAGCAAUUUGGUUUUGGGCACAGCCGCAGUGUACACAGGCUGCUUGUACUUAGCUUUUGCUUAGGCAUUACAUCAAGUAACUUUCAGUUGUUAUUUGUUUGCUUAUUUUCCACCAACAGUUGGCUCUGUUUGACUUUAAGUAACUUGCAGCCAUUGACAUCAUCCCUUUCAUUUUCUUCCCAGGCAAUGGGAUACAUUUUACAUCUCACAUUUGAUACACUAAGUCUAGAAACUAGCUCUUUUAAGAGAUUACCAGAAGAGGGAGUGUGUAUCACUUCUUACACAGUGAAAGCUCUACCUUUAUUGAUGAAUAGCCAUCUGUAAUCACAGUGAGUUUUAAAAAAGUAGUAAUAUAAACUGCAGGCUAGCAUUCACUUUCAAAAAAGUACAGUUAAUGCCAACUUUAAGCUUCUCAUCAAGUUUGGUUAACAGUUUAACACCAGAUAGUUGUAUCCAAGUAAUGUAAAUGGUCUUGGAGUCUAUUCAGAUUACUACAUGUUUUAUUGUGUCCAGCUGCGCCAAAGAUUCAAGCUGCUUUGCAAUAGCUGUCCUGGACUGGCUCUUGUAGUACCCAGCUCUGGAGGAGCUCUGUAACAAUGUGAAACUUGGAAACAACAGCAACUAUAUCUAUUUUUUUUUUAUGCAGGAAAUAGAAACAGAUAAAUACGUUAUGAAAUUUGACAUUAGUCUGUGUUACUGUUGUUGACUGUGUUUCAUUUAUUAGGUACUUCAGCUGUGACAACCAAAACGCUUAAAAAUCCUAUUAUCUGUUAUUGAUGAAGCAAAAAUACACAGUAGUGCUUGUAUAGAAAGUCAAGGUUUUACCCUGUAUCUUUUAGUACACGUGUCCUAAUAAAUUUGCCUGUUCUGCAAUGUGUGAGAGAGCUGCUGGCCACAGAAGUUGCAAUUACAUUCAAACUAGUUUCUCCAGGUUGUAUUAGAGAAAGAAGAGCUAUCAUCAAGAGACUCUUGUCCUCUUUUCUGUUCUCUGUUCCAUAAAUAAUAAUGACUUGCCCAUGUUGGUAUGAAACUCUCACUCUUCACAGUGGUUUCUAAACGAUGCAAUUAGACAAAGUUCCUGGAGAGUUAAAGCAGUUUCUACAUAACUGAGUUUUUCCUGACUCUUUGGCAAGAUUGUCAGAAAAUCUUUAACUCAAAACUCUAUACAUAGUAGCUUUCCAAAGGUAGUCUUCCCUUGUAGCCAGAUGAUCUGUUAAUGUUUUUACCCCAUAGGAUUUUGUUCCUCCUCCAGGUAGAAGUUGUAUUGUGCUGGCUCCUCUGUGUGACCCUGCAGGCUGCCAAGAACCUGUAUGUCUCUCUGGCAGUCAGAAGCCCUGGCUUCUGCAGUGUGUUGCAGCUCAUUCUGUUCGGUAGGAGAUGCAACACUUUCCUUGUGCUCUUGCAUCUCAGAGUCUGAAGCUUUCAGAUGUUAAUGGAUUUAUUAACAGAGCUGGGUUUGAGCUGAUCAGUAAUUUCUUAUUGUAUAAUGGUGAUGGUUUUAAAAGCUGUUCGUUAGCAUUUGUAGAUACUUACAUGGAAUUCAUGGCUUGUCUCCUUGCUGAGAAGAAAAUUGGCUCUAUCUGCUUUGUUACUACAUGGCUGAAGUCUUUGUUUGAGUCAGUAGGCUAAGCAUGUUGAUGUUCUUACAACUGUCAACUGUAGUAAGAUCUGCUUAGUGAAGUAAUUGUUUUCCAUUCCUUUCACGUCUCUAGAUCAUAGAGGGAAACCUUACGGUCCCACUCUGGCCCUUCUCAUUGUUGACACUCAUUCUCUUCAGUUUCACUUUGGCUUUCAAUCUAUGACAAGCCACAUAUAACCAACCUUGGUGGUUUCAUGACUCUGUGAUAACUAUAUACAUUCCUGGAAAUGUAUCAUGUUGGCCCUCUCCUGGACUAUAAAGUUUUAAACCAAUAGCGUUCAGUCCCCUCCCAUAGUGCCAGGUACUCCUUGACCAAAGGUCACUGUGUGGGUCACAGAGCUAUCUACCAUUUAGCUUCUGAAAAUACCUGUGAUGGCUUCAAUAACUACAGAAACACUGUAAGUCUGUAUGUGUAUAUAAUGUUGCAGGGGUUGAUGCUUCCAUGUCAGUUGUCACAGAAUGAGAAUGACAGGCUGUGUCACUUAGAAACUGUCCACUAUCAAAAGUCCCUCUAUCCUACCUGCUUUAAAAGCUGCUCCAGAUAAAAAUCCACUGAUUUCAAAAUCCAUUGUCUCAUGGUUCUGAAGGGCAGGAAUUUCAUUCAUAGUGGUGCUUCAGAGUGCUUCUCUCCAGAUUUGGAGAAAAAAUGAGACUUCAGAGACACAUCAGAAGCACUACUUUACUUGUUAUAUAGUUCUGCUGCUGUAUAUGGUAAGGUUGGUUUCAUGGUGUUGCGGCAUAUGGUGGGGUUCUUUCACUGCACAGCAGCAAAGUGGUUUUUCCAAGUGACCAUGAUGGAGUUCUCAAUGGAUCAGCUGUAAGAAGUUUGGUGUUGACUCGAGGCCUGUUGUUCCCUUCCUUCCAGGAAGAAUAAUAAUAGUAACCCAUAACCAAACAAUCUCUUUGAAGCAAAAUAUUUACAACAGAAUCAUUUUAGAGGGUACUAAAUGUAAACCUAGGCAGGCUGCAGUGUAAGCAAGCCCGCUUUACGCAGUGUUGAUAUCAAUCAGGUGAAAUUCCUUGCAAAUCUGAAUCUUAGAUACCCCUCAAAACUUCCAGGAUCUAGGCAAAGUGACCAUUAUCACAGCUCACAACACAGCUCUUUGUCAUGGCCAGUUGUUUAGGAGUUGCUUCAGCCCCCAGCCCUUUCCCUGUGAUCAAGGCGCUUCUUAAUACUUGCUGCUGGUCGCUCUGCUAAUUGCAGGCUUUGGCACAAUGAGGCGUGCAGUUUGGGAGGCUGUCAGGUCUCUGAGCUGAUCAUUUUGUCUUUGUUAGGGAGGGAGCAGAUGGUGUGAAGGUUCGAGCAGAGCAGUCAGGACUGGGGGAGAGGGCAGGAACGCUUCUUGCUGCGGCACUGCUGGUUUGCACCAGCCAGCUUCAAGUGUUGUGAAAUUGGUGCCUGAGAUUGCUGAAUUUCUAGAGAGGAUAAAUGAGCUGUUUCAUGUGCAGUGGAGGUAAUGAAACCUAGUCUGUGGCUUUGUGCUGUGUGUUUUGCCAUCGCUCACCCUCCCAUUGCAACACCUCCUGCCCAGUGUGCACACAGCUUCAGGUUGCGUGUUGUGUUGUGUUUUGUUUUUUUGCCUCCCAGUUUAAUAGGACAUAUGCAUGCCGCUUCCAUACUGGAUGUGUGUGCUUAGUGACAGCAACACACAUGGUAUAAACAACUUGCCAGGUUUGUGUGUUCAGUGAGUAAAUGUAGAAAGGAGGGCACUGAUCCUGCUGUGUUAUCCUGAGACACAGGAAGCAAACUUUAUUCUUUUGCGGUUGACACUAUUCCAAUUGUCCUUCUAUUGGCUGCUUUCUCAUCAGCCAGGCCCUGGGUGUCAGGCUCUGCAGCACAGCACAGCAGAGCUGCCUCCCCCCACCUCCUGCACUGAAUGAUUUCAUCAUCCCAGUGCUCCGUAUAACAGGUUGCUUUUAUGAAGUCAGAUUACUUUUCAACUUAUCAGAAUGCCCAUUCAGACUCCCCAUUUAACUGCAGCACAUCCUUCCAUUCGUUUCAAGGUGAAAUCCCCUAAACGCCGACUGCAGUUGCUCCGAUGCCCUUGUUCUUUAGAAAAUAGUAAAUUAGAAAAACAUAAAUGCUGUGUUACAGCAUAGAUGUCAACGAUCUCAAUCUUUGCAAGGCAUAAAACUCAGUGCAUUCCCAGCAGCCGUGUGCUGUCAGCCGGCCGCUUGCUUUCUCGCCAUGUGAAUGUGCCGUCAUGCCUCUCGCUUCCAUUCCAGCCCCGGCUCUGACACCCAGCUGCUGGGUUCCUACUGAUUGGACUCUUUGUCCUCGCUCUCACUCAGAAGGAAGACAACUUACUAUAUUGUUCCAGGCUGGAAUUGAAUGGCCCGAUCUCAGUCAGUUUAUUUGUGGAACAAGAAACAAAAUAAGUUACUCACCCUCUUGGUCCUAAAAUGAGAAUAGACCAAAUCAAAGACUAAGGAAGGAAAAUUCUAGUUGGUAAGAAAACAAACACAUCAGUGCUGGCUCCCCACAUGGUAGUUUAAAGUCAAGAGUUUUGAGAACCACUAAAAUCUGUUGGAGUCUUACCCAGUUUUAAUGAUAGGUGUCAAAUAGAACAGCACACAGCAGCAACAAAGCCUCCAAAAACACGCACGGCUGCUACUGAUUUUGGCAAAGGAGAAAGAUGGCUUUUUAAAACAGCUCAGUGCAGGGAAAUGUGUGUAUGGCCGAGCUGCCUUUAAUGAACAGAUAGGUGCUGGAGCUGUCGGCUGCUGGAGCAGCUCAGCGAAAGAGGAGCUGAUUGCCUGCAGAGAUGUGGGAAAGUUGGUGUUCCAGAAAUGGGUUUGAGGAUGUCGUAUUUCCUUCUGAGCUUGUUAAUUGGAGGAGGAGUCUCCAGGGUUUUGCACAUCUUUGUAGAAACAAAAAAACAAAAAGGCAAAACCAGCCCUCCUGCAAUGAUGCUUCCUGCAUCUGACUGUUGCUCAAGAGGAGGUAAUGCACCGAGCAGAUGCACGAGUGUGUUUGCAUAAGUGCAUGCAUAUGUGCCUUUCUCUUAGCAAACUUUAUUUAAGUGGAAAAGUGACUUUUUUGCUUUAAAAAUGAAUUUGAAUGGCAUUUGAUGAGAGGAAAGGCCAGAAACUUUAGCUUAAGGUGAUGGGCAUUUAAAACAAGAGCAGAAGCCACAAGCAAUGUAUUUCUUCCUAUUUUUUUUUUUUUUUUUACUGUCAUCAAGUACCACUAUGCUUUCUUUUCUCUUUUCUUCCCCACUUCCCUUCAUUUCCUUCUGCUUUCUCUUCAUUUCCCCUCCUCUUUUCUCUUCAUUUCCCCUUCAUUUUCCCUCUUUAGUUUCCCCCUUUUGCCCUUUUCUUUCCUCCUUUACUCUCUCUGUUUUUAAUCUUUCUGCCCCCCUCCCUUUUCUUUUUCCUGUGCUUUUUUCUUUCUUCUUAUUUUUUUUUCUUUCUUCCUUCCCUCUUUUUUUUUUUUUUUUCCUCUCGUAAUUACUUAAGAGACGCCCCAGCAAACAGUAAUAGCAAGGGGAAAAAAAAGCAGCCCAGCCUGCAGUGGGCGGCCCCGCCGCGCAGGGGGCCGCAGCCCGGAGCUCCGGGCGCCUGCUGGGGCCGCUGCCGGCCUGCCUGCCCGCUCGCUGUGCAAAUGGGAGAGCGGCUUAACCUCCGGCCCCGCCGCGAUGGCCAUCUUCGAUCGCCGCCGGCUCCACCUCCCCGCCCCGCUGGGCCGCCGCCAGCGCCGCCGCGACUCCAGCGCUGCCGGAGAAAGAAGACACAGCUCCUCCAGCAAGCCGCCUUUGACUCCUCCCUCCUCUUCAGUAUUUUCCCUCAUUUCAUCUUUCCCUUCAAAAAACAAAGGUAGCGGUGGAAGUGGGAGCAAUCGUUCAUCCAGUGGAGGUACUAGUGCAUCAUCAUCAUCAUCAAGUUCCAAGUUGUUGAAAUCACCCAAAGACAAGCUGCAGAUCAGCGGAAACAACAGGUUAAUGCAUCCGGUACAGCAUAGCAAAGUUCCCCAUGAUAAAAUUAUGACUCCAUCUGUCAAAGUGGAAAAGAUUCAUCCAAAGAUAGAUGGUGCCCAACUGAAAGCUGCUGUUGGUCCAACUUGUUCUACUACUGUGAGUUCCUCAAUAAAGACUGGCCUUAAUUGUCCCUCAAUACCAAAGCCACCCUUGCCUUCCCCUGGACAGAUACUGAAUGGUAAAGGUCUUCUCUCUGUGCCUCCGUUUUUGGAAAAGAAACCUGAAGAAAAUACAAAUAAUAGGAAAUUUUUACAUAAAAGAUUGUCAGAGAGAGAAUUUGAUCCUGAUAUCUACUGUGGUGUCAUUGAUGUGGAAACCAAGAAGCCCUGUACUAGGUCUUUGACAUGCAAGACACAUUCCUUAACGCAGCGGAGGGCUGUACAGGGUCGAAGAAAACGAUUUGAUGUGUUGUUAGCUGAGCACAAAAGCAAAACCAGGGAAAAGGAACUUCUUCGACAUUCGGAUCAUCAUCAGCAGAUGCCCCCUCUCAGGGAACCACAUCCCUCACCUACUAAAACUUCCCAGGAGCUGCACCAAAAUUCUCAUGGAGUUACUCUUACAGAAUCAAAGCCUUUAUUACCUAAUAAACCCAAACCUCACCCCCCCAGUCUUCCAAGGCCUCCAGGCUGCCCAGCCCAGCACAGUGGAAAUGCCCCUAGCGAUUCUCCUUCUGUCCACGAGUCCCCUCACCCUCCCUUGCCUGCAGCUGAGCCAGCAUCUCGGUUAUCCAGUGAUGAGGGAGAAUGUGAUGAAAAAGAAGAGCCUGUUGAAAAACUGGAUUGUCAUUAUUCAGGUCAUCAUCCUCAACCAGCCGCUUUUUGCACAUUUGGUAGUCGGCAGAUUGGAAGAGGUUAUUACGUGUUUGAUAAGCGGUGGAACCAUAUUCGAUGUGCACUUAACUUCAUGGUGGAGAAGCAUCUUAAUUCACAGAUGUGGAAGAAAAUUCCACCAGCAUCUAGUAGCACAGCAGCAGUUCGUGCACCGCACCGGACAAAUGCGAUGCCUGCUUCGCAGUAUGGGGUCAGCACGACGGGUUUCCUCCUCCCCACCACUGUUAUGUCCUCUCCAGCUCUGGUGUCUCCUUCCUGUACGUCUCUGAACAAUAAAUCGGUACCAUCACAUGGAACUACACUAAAUGCAAAUCCCGCUACCUUGGGUGCAGUGGAUCCUGUCUGCAGUAUGCAAUCAAGACAAGUGUCUUCGUCCCCUUCAACACCUACAGUGCUUUCCUCUGUACCUUCACCUAUGCCCAGCAAACCUCAGAAGUUGAAAUCCAGCAAAUCUUUUAAACCUAAGGAAUCUUCUGCUGGCAGUGGCACCUGUAACAGCACCGGCAGCGUCAGCAGCGGCAGCGGCUCAGGAAAGAAGCGUAAAAACAGUUCCGCACUGCUUGCACCUUCUCAUUCCACGGAGUCCUUUAGAAAAAACUGUGUGGUUAACUCUGGAAACUCUGGGACCUCCUAUCAUCCGUCGGUGACAUCUUCGUCCCACAGCGUUGGCCUCAAUUGUAUGACUAGCAAAGCUAACUCCGUUAGCCUCAAACAUGACCAAUCAGGGAGGGGUCCUCCUACUGGAAGCCCUGCAGAAUCAAUAAAAAGAAUGAGUGUGAUGAUGAACAGUAGCGAUUCCACUCUCUCCUUAGGGCCAUUUGUUCAUCAGUCCAGUGAGCUGACUGUGAACUCGCACAGCGGUUUUUCACAUUCGCAUCCUUCCCUAGACAAACUAAUAGGGAAGAAAAGAAAGUGCCCACCUGGUUCAAGCAGCAUAAACAGCAGCAGCAGCAGCAAGUCAAACAAAGUUGCCAAAUUGCCAUCGGUGAAUAACGUUCACGCAAAACACACUGGUGCAAUCCCAGGGACACAAGGACUGAUGAACAAUUCUCUUCUUCAUCAGCCAAAGGCACGUCCCUGAUAGCUGAAUAUACCAUGGUGAGAAAAGAACUGGACAGUUUUCACUACAAGCAAAACCUCCAUCUGGAAUUCUGGACUCCAAGAUGCCUUGAGUUUUCCCAGCUUCCCAUGGUCCUCAGGUGUGGAAAUCUACUGGACUGUCACUCAAACAAGGAAUUUCCCUGAAGCCAUGUCUGUAGCAGUGAAAAUAUACUAGAAAUGGACACUGGAUGAAGUUCAGCCACACAAUUGCUCUUAUCAGUGUUAACGGUGGUCUGGACUAGUUUGCUACGAAUCUGUGAGAUUUUACUUACAGGAGUACGUCAUCUUGCCACUAUUUGAUAUAGAUUGGCUGGGCAGAGGAAUGUUUUCUGGGGGGGAAAUAAACAUUACUGUGGACUUAUUUUUAUACUGAUGGUGUCUUUUGUAGGUGAUAGCUGCCAGAUGGACACUGUCAGCAGAGGGGACCCCGCAACAAGGGGCAAAAAUGCGUGAGGCACAAUGGAAAGAAGCCCUCGAGAAGGGAAUAUGGCUUUAGUGUUUUUAUAGCAACGUUCCUUUAAUGGAAUAUAAAAAUAGCACAAUUCAAACAAGCAGUCUGUGUUUUGCCCAGCCUUUUGCAAGUCAUUUGGGAUAAGAAGGUAUCAGGAGUUUAAAAACAAACAAACAAACGUGAAAACACCGAUAGGAGCAGCAAACAGCAGAAACUUGUUUGAGGCCACGGCUCAGAAAACAAGUAUAAAAAUGUUGUGCUUGGGUGAGACAGAAAUUAUUUUUUAUUCUUUUGGAUAAGAUCUGAUUGCAGAAGAAAACUAAAGUUAAUCGUUUUUUAAACAGUCCAAAAAUAUGAAGCAAAGGCAAAUAACCUCUAGAACUAUGUGCCCAAAGAACGUAUUUCUUGACCUUUACUGUAUGCCAUCAACCUUUGUUAUUUGUAAAAUAACAGCCGUGUUGGUUAUGUGAGGCUGGGUUGGCCUUCCAGCCUGUAAAAAAAAAAAAAAAAAAAAUAGCCCUUUUAAAGUGAAGUAUUUAAACUAUUUAAAUAUUUUCUAAAAAAUAGUAAUAAUAAUAAUAAUAAAAGUCACUUAUUUUAUGCCUUCUUUGUAGAACUGAAGCGUUAAUGCUUUCAACCACUCAGAUUUUGUUUUAUUUCCCCAGAAGUGGGGAGUGGAUGACAGCUGAGUUCUUUGUCAGGUGCAGCUGUGCACAUUGCAGCCGUUGUGCUCCCGCCUGGCGCUGUGAGUCCGGGGGCUCUGCACGGUUCUGUGCACCCACUCAGUCUGUAGGAAAUGUUUUGUGUUGCUUCAGGACACCUCGGCAGUGAAUUGUGCUCAAGGGCUCGUUGUAUUGGGGUUCGGUUCAUCGGGGUUCUUUUGUUAAGUUUUUAGGUAAAGUCUCAAAACGGACUGAACUUUUCUGAAGGGGCAAAGCCAAGGCAAACAGAGUAUUGACCAAGAAGACAUUUUUCUGCCUUAAAGGGGCACCAGCUGUCGCUGAGAACAGACAAUCUGAGCCUGUCACGUUGUUCCCGUUGCCCAGCCUUCCCCGUUGCGGUGGCAAGUUGUACAUCAGGGAAUCCAAAGCCACUACCAGUAGCAGUCGCUGAGUUGUUUACCUGACGAUGCUUUCAGUUUCACCUGAACUUGCUACAAAACCGGUGUCGUACAGCAAAGCAAGCAGCCUCUAUGCAGACACUCGAGCUUUUGAAUUGAUGUAAAAGAUCACUCUUAGAAAGCGGCGUGUUAUAGACUCUUAUUAUGCAAACUUUAAUUUAAAACAAAACAAAAUCCCAUGCAGCUUUUCAGGAACAGAAGGAUCUGUAAUCAAUAAGGCGCCCUGCUGCAAGGGUUGUUGGAACCGUGAUUGGUUUAACGUGAAAGGAACCAAAGUAUUGUGCCACAAAGAGAAAUCAAAAUGCAUCGUUAAGUCCCGCACGUGUGGAGUGAAAUCCACGCUGUGAUGAAAUCUCUGGGGCAGAAAUGUCACUUUGGGAUGGUCUCAGUCACAAGUGCAAUUCGACUCUUUUCAAUACAGAGGAGACGGCAAUUGGGCAAGAAUGGGAUCCCGUGAGUUUGUGACCAAACUCGCCCUGUUUGUAAGGUUCUGUUGAGCUGAAAGCAUAAUGGCAAACUCGUGCUCCUCCGGCAGCACUUAAAGUGAGAGCAGAGCCAGGCUGGAAGCUGCCGGAAUAGUGGGCUGCAGCACUGUGGGUCCGUCUGCCCGCGGGCAUAGAGCUGCUUCCAUGUUAUGUUUUAGACGUGGGUUACAAGCAGAGCGUUGUUCCUGGAGCUUCUAACGUCCCCUGCUUCUGACUGUCAAUAACGAAGGAAGCUGAAAAUCAAUUUUCCUUGCAAAAAUGAAUUUGCAGUGGCUGGGUUGUUUCUAGACAGAUUUUGGUAUUAAUUUAAGAGAUACACUUUUUAUAGUCUUUCCGACUUCUCGUUAUGACUCCUGCAGUUUUCUUAACCUAAAAAAUUGCUGCAAUGAUGAACAAAGAAUUAUACAAGAAAAAAGAAAAACAUACUUUUGUAUCUUUAUUUUGGAAUUUCUUGUUCUAUUAUAAAUAUUGAAGUAUCCCUAUUUCAGAAGACGUAUUUUGUUAAUUGAUUGUACAUAUUUAAAUAUGUAUUUUUGCACAGGUCUUUUUUUCUGAUACCCAGUUUUGGUACAAUUGAGAUCAUCUAGUAUUUAUUUAUUAAUUAAUUAAAAAAAAAAGGCAAAAAAAAAAAGAAAAAGAAAAAGAAAAUACCUUUUCUUUUAUAUAUAUAUACGUGUGUGUGUGUAUAUAUAUAUAUACACACAACACACACAUAUAUAUAUAUGUAAUAAUUUGAAGUGGUUCACUGCCAAGCCAAUAGCAACAUGCCUACUUUGCAACUCAAGGGAUGCCUCCAUGUGCCUGGAGCCACAUCCCUGCCACGUCCCUCGCUCCGGCGUUGCUUCUCGGUUGCCUGAUUCCCAGAGGACUCCAUUUAGUGACACACUGCUUCUCUUUUCUCGGUGUUGGUGUGUGUGUGUGUGUGCGUGUCCAUGUGGGUCUCAUGUGGUUUCAAACUAAUGGAAAAACUGAAAGUGCCUGAUAUAACUCGAUCUGAGCUCGGACUGUUGAGACAGCUUCUCCUUAAAUGACUUGAAUGUUCAGUUGAAAUCUCGGAGCUUGCUUUUUCCACCUAUAUAUAAUACAUGUGUGUGUGUAUAUGUGUGUGUGCAUAUAUAUACAUACACAUUGAUAUAUAUAUAUAUAUUCUGAAGUUGUUAAGAUGGAUUGACAAAAGGAAAGCAAACGAUGCUGGUAACUUUUGUAAGAUGUUUCCAUUGGAGUACCUUGUGUAGGAACAAUCCCAUUGGUAACGCAGAGGGGGAGGAACGCCAAGAGUUUGGGCUUACUUUAACCAGCAGUUGAUGUAACCGUGUCGUUUGGGGCAGGAAGGGGAUGGGGGAUUAUUCAUCCAUAAGUGAAACAAGUUAGGAAAUGUUCAAAGCGGUCCAUAUUCGGGGAAAAGAAAACAAAAACCCAGUAAGUACCUCUCGACACCACUCAGAAAUAAAGAAAGGUGUGAUUUCCUAAUGACAUUUCUAAGGCAGUUUGUCUUCCUGUAAGAGUUCUCUUGCCAAGGAAUCUCUCAUCUCUCACUCGUUCUGUCCCGGAGGAGGGAAUCGGGCUUGGAAAGAUUCGUCACGUUUUGCUGUUCAGCAGAAAAUGAUCCUUUUUUACAUUUUGUGCGAGAUAUUUUACGUUUUAAAGAUGGUAAUUUUAAAACUGAGCACUACAUAAUGUCAAUGUGAAUGUAGGCCUUGAAAGCAUCUUGCUCGGUGUUGAGCCUGGUUCUAAAAGCAAUCUCCUGUGUACAAUGUGUGAAUAGUUUGAUAAUUUGUAUACAUAAUCAAGAGCAUCUGAUCAGCUGAACUCCGUGUUGGCUGCUGUAUAGAACAUGAACAAAUGUCAUGGGAUAGAAAAAUUACUUUGGAUAUUUAAAAGAAAAAUAAAUAUAUAGUCUAUUUGUUUUGUAACAAGUUUCUGUAAAUAAAAUAAUUUAUACUAUUUAUAAGAAAAAGUUGUGCUUUGCUUCAUGACAGAGAUUAGUUUGUUGAACAAACAUGUUACUAAACAAGGCAAUAAAAUUAGGACUUUUCAAUAAAUGAGGUUGGUUGCAUGGAACGCA